UCAGUGUCUGUGCUUCCCUUCAUUUUCCACCCCAACAUGUUGGCAGGGGGAGAAAGAGGAGGAUGCUGCGCUCCACCCUUGGUGCGUUCCUGCCACCUCUCCGGUCAGCGCACAUUGCCUCUGACUCAGACUUCAGUUGUUUCCGCCUAAAGGACUUAAGAGAGGAGGACCCCAAGAACAACCUGGAGAUGAGGAGCUCUCAUCAGCCCACAGUCUCCAGCAGGAGCAACAACAACAGAGGAACAGCACAGAGCAACAACUGCUCCUCUUCUGUGAUGGAAACUGUUAAUACCUCAGCAGGGAUCCCCUCCUCUUCCUCUUCUGGUUUCCCUCCCUCCUUUUCUUUACUCACUGUUCCAAGGUCCAUGUGGCAAGAGGCAAUAAGGAGGAAGCGUUACCUCCUUGACCGGACAGGAGAGACUGGUGAAGUGGAUAAAGGAGGAGGUGGUAGAGAGAGAAGGAGCAGGUCCCCGGACUGGCUCUAUGAAUCCUACUACUGUAUGAGCCAGCAGCAUCCUCUCAUUGUGUUUCUGCUCCUCAUUGUGAUGGGAGCCUGCCUGGCUCUGCUGACUGUGUUCUUUGCUUCAGGGCUGAAUGUUGCAGACCACGUGGCCUUUGUAAUCACUGUACCCACAGCACUGGCGAUAUUCCUGGCAGUGUUUGUCCUUGUCUGCAUUGAGUCCAUCUUCAAGAAGCUUUUACGUGUUUUCUCCCUGGUCAUCUGGGGCUGCUUGGUUGCCAUGGGUUAUCUUUUUAUGUUUUCUGGAGGAAUCAUCUGUCCCUGGGAUCAGGUUUCUUUUUUCCUAUUCAUCGUGUUUGUUGUUUACACCAUGCUGCCCUUCUCAAUGCGGGAAGCCAUCGUUGCCAGUGUUCUGACCUCCGCCUCUCACACCGUUGUGCUGAGUGUUCGCCUGUCCAUGGUUUCGGAUCACAUGGAGCUUGUGGUGUGGCAGAUCUUGGCCAAUGUGAUCAUUUUCAUGUGUGGGAACAUGGCGGGGGCGUACCACAAGCACCUGAUGGAGCUCGCACUCAAACAGACUUACCAGGACACCUGCAACUGCAUCAAAUCCCCAAUAAAGCUGGAAUUUGAGAAGAGACAACAGGAACGCCUCCUGUUGUCUCUGCUGCCAGCACACAUCGCCCGUGUGAUGAAAGCUGAGAUCAUUCAGAGACUAAAAGGGCCAAACUUUGGUCAGACUGAGAACACAAACAACUUUCACAAUCUCUACGUUCAGAGACACACAAAUGUCAGUAUCCUUUACGCUGAUAUUGUCGGAUUCACACGGUUGGCAAGUGACUGCUCGCCAGGGGAGCUGGUGCAUAUGCUGAAUGAACUUUUUGGCAAGUUUGAUCAAAUUGCGAAGGAAAAUGAAUGUAUGCGCAUUAAAAUCCUUGGUGACUGUUACUACUGUGUCUCCGGCCUACCCGAGUCACUGCCAGACCACGCCAAAAACUGUGUGAAAAUGGGACUGGAUAUGUGUGAGGCUAUCAAAAAAGUGAGAGACGCCACAGGAGUUGACAUCAACAUGCGUGUUGGCGUGCAUUCUGGGAAUGUUCUGUGUGGUGUUAUUGGACUUCAGAAAUGGCAAUAUGAUGUCUGGUCACAUGAUGUCACGUUGGCCAAUCAUAUGGAAGCAGGAGGCGUUCCAGGGCGAGUCCACAUCACGUCUGUUACGCUCGAGCACUUGAAUGGUGCCUAUAAAGUGGAGGACGGGGAUGGACAAGAAAGAGACCCCUACCUCAAGGAACACGGGGUCAUCACCUAUCUGGUUAUCAACCCCAAGGUGGAGCGUUGGAGCCCGCAGCAUCAUUACCGACCCCGACACAUUCACUACGGAGCAAAGAUGAGAGCCUCCGUGAGAAUGACCCGUUACCUGGAGUCUUGGGGAGCAGCCAAGCCCUUUGCGAACCUUCACCACAGAGACAGCAUGACUAAUGAGAAUGGGAAGAUCAGCACUGCAGAUGUACCCAUGGGACAAUAUCACUUUCAGAGAAGAUCGGAAAGGACAAAGUCUCAGAAGAAACGGUUUGAAGAGGAACUUAACGAGAGGAUGAUAAGGACAUUUGAUGGGAUAAAUGCACAAAAACAGUGGCUAAAGUCAGAGGACAUUCAGAGAAUAUCACUGUUUUUUCACAACAGAUCAUUGGAGAAGGAGUACCGAGCAACAACUUUGCCAGCUUUUAAAUACUACGUCACCUGCGCCUGUUUAAUCUUUUUCUGCAUAUUUAUCGUGCAGAUUCUCGUCUUACCCAAAACAACUGUUUUGGGAAUAUCCUUUGGGUUAGCCUUUCUGGUCCUGUUGUUCAUCCUCUUCAUAUGCUUUAUUGGACACAUCCUUCACUGCAGCAAAAGUGAGUCCUCUUCGUGGUUGUGGCUGCUGAGGUCAUCAGUUAUUAUCGCCAACAAGCCAUGGCCCCGCAUCACCCUCACCAUGACAACCACAGCUCUAAUACUCAUAAUGGCAGUCUUCAACAUGUUCUUUUUGGAUAAAAGAGCGUCGGCUCCAGUUUUCAACAAUUCAUCCAAUGAGACACUUUUUUACUCAAAUGAUCAACAUAUCCCCUUCACGGGAAAAAACAAUUUCUACCUUCCUUAUUUCAUUUACAGUUGCAUCCUGGGUUUGAUUUCUUGCUCCGUGUUUCUACGGAUAAACUACGAGCUGAAGAUGAUCAUUAUGCUAUCAGCCGUGGUGGUUUAUAACAUUAUUAUCCUACAAACUCAUUCCUCUCUGCUAGACGAAUACAGCCGGUUUCUGUACAAGACCGAGAGUCUGGACAGACCAGGAGUUCUCAAAAACCUGAAGACUAUGGGUUCUAUCUCGCUCUUUAUCUUCUUCAUCACUCUGCUUGUGCUUGCCCGACAGAAUGAAUAUUACUGUAGGUUAGACUUCCUCUGGAAAAACAAGUUCAAGAAGGAGUGUGAGGAGAUUGAAACCAUGGAGAACCUCAACCGGGUCUUGCUGGAGAACGUCCUGCCUGCACAUGUUGCAGAACACUUUUUGGCUCGGAACUGGAAGAAUGAGGAUCUGUACCACCAGUCCUACGAUCUGGUGUGUGUCAUGUUCGCCUCAAUCCCAGACUUUAAGGAGUUCUACACUGAAUCAGACGUCAACAAGGAGGGACUAGAGUGCCUCAGGCUCCUCAAUGAAAUUAUUGCUGACUUUGAUGAGCUUCUUUCCAAACCUAAAUUCAGUGGAGUGGAGAAAAUCAAGACAAUUGGCAGCACUUACAUGGCUGCUACUGGACUUAAUGCCUCAUCAGGACCUGAACACACAUGCCAAGAACGUGACAGACAGUACAUGCACAUUGGAACCAUGGUGGAGUUUGCGUUUGCCCUGGUGGGAAAACUGGAUGUUAUUAACAAACACUCCUUCAAUGACUUUAAGCUCAGAGUUGGCAUAAAUCAUGGUCCAGUCAUAGCUGGAGUCAUUGGAGCCCAGAAACCACAGUAUGACAUCUGGGGGAACACGGUGAAUGUAGCCAGCAGGAUGGAAAGCACUGGAGUGUUGGGAAAAAUACAGGUGACGGAGGAGACGAGUUUCAUCCUUCUCACUCUGGGAUACAUGUGUUCUUGCCGAGGCUUUAUUAAUGUCAAGGGCAAAGGAGAGCUCAAGACCUUCUUUGUGCACACAGAGAUGACGCGCUCACUGUCCCAGGGGAACGUUAUGCCAUAAGACGGGUUCAGAAUUCUGCAAUUACAGAGGCAUCCUGAUCAGACAUUGAUCUUAGACAGAGGAGCUGUAAUCUACUCAGCUCUGCUGGUUAAAAAUAGACUCGGAGGAGAGGAAGAAUUUGAUGUUACUGUUGCAUCGCAAAUUACCUGUGCCACAGCUGUAGUAUAUGUAGUCACUUAUGUAACUGUAAGUGUAGGGCAUGGACAGCAUGUAGGCCAUAACCUGUGAAAAUAUAUACGGAUUUGAACGUUUGGAGACAAAAAAAAAAAAAAAAAAGAAA